UGGCCGCACGUGCGGGGUGCGCUGUGCCGGCGUCCGUCUGUGACGUUUUCGCCGUUUCUAACAUCAGAGUAGCUGGGUCAAACAUGUCCAACCAUGAUGUGCUGGUGGCACCAGAGUUCCACCCGGUGUCUCUGAAGCUGCUGGUGUCGGCGGAGCUGGCUGGCCGGCCAUUGACCGUGCGGUGUCCCGAGGGACCAUCAGACCCCAUAUGGCACCACUCGCUGGGCGGCCUUCCCGUACUACAAACGGGCGGCGGCGGCGUGCUGUUCUCGCCGUCGGCGGCGGCGCGCUGCCUGCUCUCGGCCGACGGAGACGCUGAGCUGGAGACGUGGCUGCGCUGGGACGGCCUGGUGCUGCAGCCGCUGGCGCUGCGCCGCGCCGCGCUGCGCCGCCUGUAUGGCGACAGCCCGGUGGAAGUGUGCCGCGCCGCCGCGCUCGCCACCGUCCUGCCCGCUGUCGGCUUGGAGGGGCCCGACGGCUGCCCGGCCGGCCGGCCGUCGGCGCCCGCCGCCAGCGAACCGGAGUCCCCGACGGAGCGGGAGGAGGAGGCCAUCUCCACAGACGACUUGGACGCAGCGGUGGCGGCGUACCUGGCCGGGCUGGCCUCGGCACCGCAGCGGCGCACGCUCCCCAAACCCGUCCUGCCCGAGGAGGGCCGCCGGAACGUGCUGAUCACGUCGGCGCUGCCGUACGUCAACAACGUACCACACCUAGGCAACAUCAUCGGCUGCGUGCUGUCAGCGGAUGUGUUCGCGCGCUUCUGCCGGCUGCGCGGCUGCACUACGCUGUACGUGUGCGGCACGGAUGAGUACGGCACGGCCACCGAGACCAAGGCGAUAGAGGAGGGCGUCACGCCGCGACAGAUCUGCGACAAGUACUUCCAGCUGCACCGCGAGGUGUACGAAUGGUUCAACAUUAGCUUCGACCACUUCGGCCGCACGACGACGGCGCACCAGACGGAGGUCGCGCAGGACAUGUUCACCGUCAUUCAUGAGAACGGCUUCACGCUGGAGGACACCAUGGAGCAGCUGUACUGCGGCAAGUGCGACCGCUUCCUCGCUGACCGCUUUGUCGAGGGCACGUGUCCGCUUUGCGGCUACGAGGACGCGCGCGGCGACCAGUGCGACAAGUGCGGGAAACUCAUCAACGCCGUGGAGCUGAUGAAGCCGCGCUGCAAGCUGUGCACCUCGUCGCCGGAGGUACGCACCAGCCGCCACAUAUUCCUCGACCUGCCCAAGGUGGAGGCGCCGCUGCGCGCGUGGUUCAAGCAGUCCUCUCCGCAGUGGACGGCCAACGCGCGCGUCAUCGGCAACAGCUGGCUGCGAGACGGCCUGAAGCCGCGCUGCAUCACGCGCGACCUGCGCUGGGGCACGCCCGUGCCGCUGCCCGGCUACGAGAACAAGGUGUUCUACGUGUGGUUCGACGCCCCGAUCGGCUACAUCAGCAUCACGGCCGGCUACACGCCCGAGUGGCGGCGCUGGUGGCUGGCGCCGAAGACGGUCGACUAUUACGAGUUCAUGGCCAAGGACAACGUGCCGUUCCACUCGGUCGUGUUCCCCGCCUGCCAGCUGGCCACCGGCCGCGCCUACACGAUGGUCACGCACCUGAUGGCCACCGAGUACCUCAACUACGAGGACGGCAAGUUCAGCAAGUCGCGCGGCGUGGGCGUGUUCGGCACGGACGCGCGCGACACGGGCAUCCCCAGCGACAUCUGGCGCUUCUACCUGCUGUACGUGCGGCCCGAGAACCAGGACUCGGCGUUCUCCUGGGCCGACCUCAUGACCAAGAACAACUCGGAGCUGCUCAACAACCUGGGCAACUUCGUCAACCGCUGCCUGUCGUUCUGCCAGCGCUGCUUCGGCGGCGUGCUGCCCGAGCUUGAGAUGGGACCAGAUGAGCGCCAGCUGAUUGGCCAGGUGGCGCGCGAGCUGCGACGCUACCUGGCACUGCUCGAGGAAGUCAAGCUGCGCGACGCCAUCCGCCACAUCUUCAACAUCUCGCGCCGCGGCAACCAGUACAUGCAGGCCAGCCAGCCGUGGGUGCUGGUCAAGGGCUCGCCGGAGGAGCGCCGCCGCGCCGGCUCUGUCAUCGCCCUCUCGGCCAACAUCAGCUGCCUGCUGUCGGUCAUGCUGCAGCCCUACAUGCCGGAGACGUCGGCCACCAUCCAGCGGCAGCUGUGCGCGCCCGACGCGGUCAACGUGCUGGGCGACGCGUUCGUGUGCGCGCUGCCCGCCGGCCACCGCAUCGGCACGCCAGCGCCGCUCUUCGAGAAGAUCGCGCCGGAGCGGAUUGAAGAGCUGCGCAAACGGUUCCAGGGCGCACAGGGGACGCCGGCGGCGGCGGCGGUCGGCGCCGGUGCGGGCGACGUGGCCGCGCUGGAGCAGGAGGUGGCCAGGCUCGGCGACGUGGUCCGCAAACUAAAGGCGGCCAAGGCGCCCCAGGCCGAAGUGCAGGCGCAGGUGAAGCUCCUGCUGGAGGGGAAGCAGAAGCUGACGGCGGCCUCGGCGGCGGCGCAGCCGACCUCCGCCGGUGCUGGCGCUCCAGACCCGGCUGAGGUGGCUCGACUCACGGCAGCCGUGGCCGCUCAGGGCGACCUGGUGCGAAAGCUGAAGAGCUCCGGCGCCGACAAGCAGCAGGUCACGACCCAGGUGGGCGUGCUGCUCGACCUCAAGAAGCAGCUCGCCGCCGCCGGCGGCCAGAGCGCGGCGGAGGCGGCGCCAAAGUCCGGCAAGAAGGGUAAAAACAAGUGAGUCCGCGCGAAACUAGGGCUUUUAUGGGGUGUUGAUCAUGGUGGGAGGGCUUCAGUUUCAUUGCAAGCUUCAGCUUCAGCUUCAGCCUCAGUUCAGUUCUGGCUGGUCAUCGGACCAGGCGGGUGAUAGUUCAGCAUAGUACGGUACCGUGCUGUCAUAAUGUGUCGGGUCGCACCGGACGUGAUGCGGUCGGUUGUGAAUAUGGCGUUGUGAGGUCUGCUUUUGUACUUUAAUGGGAUUAAAGUACAAAAGUGCUUAAACUAAACUCCAGUGAGUGGGCUAGUCGAAAAUCCUCUCGAUAAUGUUAGAUUUAUUGGACCAACGUUGUUGUGCUUCGGCUUUUAGAUGUGGUUCAUUGCCAUCGGACCAAAUACACUCGACGGCCUCCGGU